CUUCCAAAAUACUCCACAAAGUUUGAAGGCCAUACAAAUUCAUCAUAGAAUGAUAACAUUAAAAGGAUAAAUAAAAAGAAUAUCAAUAACAUUGUUUUAAUUUGAUCGAACAUGACAGAUAGGAACAUUCCAUACUAAUCAACAAUCUUUUUUUUUAUGAAUAACUAUCAACAAAUUUCAAAUAUGCUCAAGACAAUAUUUAUGGUAAAAUGCCUGUAUUUAAUUUAUUAACAUUCCAUUAAAACAAUUAACACUUAUCUGAAAAAAGAGCACAGUAAUCACAAUACAUCGAAAAAAUUCAGAAAAAAACUCUCUAAAAGGAAAAAAAAAAAUCACAAAUUUGGCAAGCUACUGAUUCACCACAAAAAUAAUAAUAAUAAAUUGAGCGGUUACACAGAAAUGGGUGACAGACCUGUGACCCAGAGAACUCUGCCCCGCUAUGUAUCACAAUUGGGUUAAAUUUAGGCAUUCGUGGGUCCCACACACUCCUCCCCCAACCCUUUCACUUCCUUCCAAUUCUUCUAUAAAUCCAUCGCUCCUCUGCCUCUCUCAACGCUUACCCCAAACGCUCCCGAUAUCCAAGCUCUCGCCGGCCAGCUGCUGCCUGCCACCCACCGUCCUCCGCCGCCGCCGCCGCCUUCGUUAUUUUUUUGCUCUCUCUCGUUCUUAACUCCUCCCUGUCUCCUCUCUGUUCUUUGUAUUUUCCUGCCUCUGCCAGCUCCGUUUCCUAACCUUUUCCUCCGCCGGAUCUCGUAAAUUCCGUCGGUGCAUGUGAUCAGAAGAACCGUGUGUGAUAGAGAAAAAAAUUCGUAGAGAUCUGGCUUAUGUAAUAACAAAAAAAACGAAUUCACCUGUACCUAUUUCUCUCUCGUUGGAUUUCUCCUGGAUCUGGCCUUGGAUUCUCUGAGUUCGAAUCAAUUUGAAAUUUCCGGACAGUUUUGCUGUUCCGAAAAUGUCGGGUAGUGGAACUAUGAGCAAUCUGCUUCAGCAUGGAGCUACAGCGUCGCCGCUCCUCAAGCCAAACAAGACGUCGUCUCGUUCCCCUGUAUUCGCAGUCCCUUCUUGUCUUCGUCGGGGAGGGAAGACGCGAUGCUCCGUCGCCGCCAGGGCCGGUCUGGAGAAAUCGAAGCUCUUCGGGACACGAUUGAGGCCUCACGGACCCGAGAGGCUGCACGUGUGGCAGUCGGACGGGCCGGGGAGGUCGCCGAAGCUCCGGGUGGUGGUCCGGUCCGCAUUGUCCGGUGUGCCGGAGAAGCCGCUCGGUCUUUACGAUCCGUCUUUCGAUAAGGACUCUUGCGGUGUGGGAUUCGUCGCGGAGUUGUCCGGAGACAGCAAUCGGAAGACGGUAACCGAUGCGGUGGAAAUGUUGGUUCGCAUGACUCACAGGGGAGCUUGUGGCUGUGAAGCUAAUACCGGUGACGGAGCUGGGAUUCUCGUCGGUCUUCCUCACGGUUUCUACAAAGAGGUUGCAAAGGAUCUUGGGUUUGAGCUGCCUUCACCAGGAGAAUAUGCAGUUGGCAUGUUCUUUUUGCCCACCUCAGACAACCGCAGGGAGGAAAGCAAAAAUGUUUUUACUAAGGUUGCCGAGUCGCUUGGCCACAGAGUUCUUGGAUGGCGGCCAGUGCCGACAGAUAACUCUGGGCUGGGGCAGUCUGCUUUGCAGACGGAGCCUGUGAUUGAGCAGGUCUUUCUCACCCCAACUCCUAGGUCAAAAGCUGAUUUUGAACAGCAGAUGUAUAUAUUACGGAGGGUAUCCAUGGUAGCUAUCCGAGCUGCACUGAACCUCCAACAUGGUGCUGUCCGUGACUUCUAUAUAUGUUCUCUGUCAUCUAGGACUGUUGUUUACAAAGGUCAGCUGAAGCCUGUACAGCUGUCGGAAUACUACUAUGCGGAUCUUGGGAAUGAAAGGUUUACGAGCUACAUGGCCCUGGUACACUCUCGCUUUUCGACCAACACCUUCCCUAGCUGGGAUCGUGCUCAACCAAUGCGUGUCUUGGGCCACAAUGGCGAAAUCAACACUCUUAGGGGCAACGUGAACUGGAUGAGAGCACGUGAGGGUCUAUUGAAAUGCAAGGAGCUUGGGCUCUCUAAGAAUGAGAUGAAGAAGCUCUUGCCAAUUGUUGAUGCUAGUUCAUCCGACUCUGGGGCAUUUGAUGGUGUCCUUGAACUUCUGGUUCGAGCUGGGAGAAGUCUCCCUGAAGCUGUCAUGAUGAUGAUCCCUGAAGCCUGGCAAAAUGAUAAGAACAUGGACCCACAAAGAAAAGCAUUAUAUGAGUACUUCUCUUGUCUCAUGGAGCCAUGGGAUGGGCCUGCACUUGUCUCAUUCACUGAUGGCCACUACCUUGGAGCUACACUAGAUCGCAAUGGCUUGCGUCCUGGCAGGUUCUAUGUUACUCGAAGUGGGAGAGUUAUCAUGGCCAGUGAAGUUGGUGUUGUUGACGUGCCUCCUGAAGAUGUGCUUAGGAAAGGAAGGCUUAACCCUGGAAUGAUGCUUCUGGUGGAUUUUGAAAAGCACAUUGUUGUGGACGAUGAGGCCUUGAAGCAACAAUACUCUCUAUCAAGGCCAUAUGGCGACUGGCUGAAGAGGCAAAAGAUUGAACUGAAGGAUAUAAUUGAGACAAUUCCUGAAUCUGACAGAGUCCCCCCAGAGCUGGCGGGUGUUGUUCCGGCUUCAAAAAACGAUGAAAACAUGGAGAACAUGGGUAUUCAUGGUUUGCUGGCGCCAUUGAAAGCUUUUGGCUAUACGGUGGAAGCCUUGGAGAUGUUGUUGCUUCCCAUGGCAAAAGAUGGCAGCGAGGCUCUUGGCUCAAUGGGAAAUGAUACUCCACUGGCUGUUAUGUCCGACAGAGAUAAGCUCACUUAUGAAUAUUUUAAGCAAAUGUUCGCUCAAGUUACAAAUCCUCCAAUUGAUCCCAUUAGAGAGAAAAUCGUCACUUCAACGGAAUGCAUGAUUGGCCCUGAAGGUGAUCUGACAGAAACAACUGAAGAGCAAUGCCACCGCCUUUCACUGAAGGGCCCUCUCCUGACAAUUGAUGAAGUUGAGGCUGUUAAGAAGAUGAACUACAGGGGUUGGCGGAGCAAAGUUCUCGACAUAACUUAUUCAAGGGACCGUGGCCGGAAGGGAUUGGAGGAAACCUUGGAUAGGAUUUGUGCUGAAGCACAUUCUGCAAUCAAGGAAGGUUACACCUUGCUAGUUCUUUCCGAUAGAGCCUUUUCUUCGACAAGGGUUGCUGUGAGCUCACUCUUGGCUGUUGGUGCGGUCCAUCAUCACCUUGUGAGAAAGCUUGAGCGAACUCAAGUAGGUUUGAUUGUGGAGUCUGCGGAACCACGUGAAGUUCAUCAUUUCUGUACUUUGGUCGGAUUUGGUGCAGAUGCUAUAUGCCCAUACUUGGCCGUAGAGGCUAUUUGGAGACUCCAGGUUGAUGGGAAGAUUCCACCAAAAUCUAAUGGCGAGUUUCACUCGAAGAAUGAGUUGGUGAAAAAGUAUUACAAAGCAAGCAACUAUGGCAUGAUGAAGGUUCUUGCCAAAAUGGGGAUAUCAACACUGGCCUCAUACAAGGGUGCUCAGAUUUUUGAAGCUCUUGGUCUUUCAUCUGAGGUGAUUGAGAAGUGCUUUGCUGGAACUCCAAGCAGAGUUGAGGGAGCUACAUUUGAGAUGCUCGCCCGUGAUUCUCUUCAUUUGCACGAGUUGGCAUUCCCUAGGCGAGCUCUACCUCCUGGAAGUGCAGAGGCCGUCGCACUACCAAAUCCAGGGGAUUACCACUGGAGAAAGGGAGGUGAAAUUCACUUGAAUGAUCCUCUUGCCAUAGCAAAGCUCCAAGAAGCUGCCAGAGCCAAUAGUGUAGAUGCUUAUAAAGAGUAUUCUAAACGCAUUCAAGAAUUAAACAAAGCCUGUAAUUUGAGGGGGAUUCUGAAGUUUAAAGACUCUGCAGUGAAGGUUCCACUGGAUAUGGUGGAGCCUGCCAGCGAGAUUGUGAAACGAUUCUGCACCGGGGCUAUGAGUUAUGGGUCUAUUUCAUUAGAGGCUCACUCAACUCUCGCUGUUGCGAUGAAUAAAAUUGGAGGGAGGUCUAACACAGGUGAGGGAGGUGAGCAACCGUCUAGAAUGGAGCCUUUUUCAGAUGGUACGAGAAAUCCAAAACGGAGUGCAAUUAAGCAGGUUGCAAGUGGGAGGUUUGGUGUAUCAAGUUACUAUCUUACAAAUGCUGAUGAAUUGCAGAUAAAGAUGGCUCAGGGUGCCAAGCCUGGUGAAGGUGGCGAGCUACCUGGACAUAAGGUUAUAGGAGAUAUUGCAGUAACCCGAAACUCCACCGCUGGUGUUGGUCUCAUCAGCCCUCCUCCUCAUCAUGAUAUCUAUUCAAUUGAAGACCUUGCUCAACUGAUUCACGAUCUUAAGAAUGCUAAUCCAGGAGCUCGGAUUAGCGUCAAGUUGGUAUCUGAAGCUGGCGUGGGUGUGAUAGCUAGUGGGGUGGUAAAGGGUCAUGCUGAUCACGUCUUGAUUUCAGGUCACGAUGGAGGUACCGGUGCUUCUAGAUGGACCGGCAUUAAAAAUGCUGGGCUCCCGUGGGAGCUUGGUUUGGCCGAGACUCACCAAACACUUGUUGCCAACAACCUUCGAGGCCGAACUGUUCUUCAGACCGAUGGUCAACUAAAAACUGGAAGAGAUGUAGCAGUUGCUGCACUUCUCGGUGCAGAAGAGUUUGGCUUCAGCACAGCACCUCUCAUAACUCUUGGAUGCAUCAUGAUGAGAAAGUGCCAUAAAAACACGUGCCCGGUUGGCAUUGCCACUCAAGAUCCAGUUCUCAGAGAAAAGUUUGCUGGAGAGCCUGAACACGUCAUCAAUUUUUUCUUCAUGCUAGCUGAAGAGCUUAGGGAGAUAAUGUCCGGGCUAGGUUUCCGCACGCUUAACGAGAUGGUUGGUCGUGCGGAUAUGCUGGAAGUUGAUAGAGAUGUUGUGAAGAACAACGAAAAGCUUGAAAACAUUGAUCUUUCACUCCUACUUAGACCUGCUGCUGACAUCCGACCAGAGGCUGCUCAGUAUUGCGUGGAGAAGCAGGACCAUGGCCUGGACAUGGCUCUGGAUCAAAAACUCAUCAAGCUAUCUAACCCGGCCUUGAAGAAGGGUCUUCCUGUGUACAUCGAGACGCCAAUAUGCAACGUGAACCGUGCUGUCGGUACAAUGCUGAGUCAUGAAGUCACCAAGCGGUAUAAUCUGGCAGGACUUCCAAAAGACACCAUUCAUGUGAAACUCGAUGGAAGUGCUGGGCAGAGUCUCGGUGCUUUCCUUUGCCCCGGGAUAACACUAGAGCUCGAGGGUGACAGCAAUGACUAUGUUGGAAAAGGAUUGUCAGGUGGAAAAAUCGUGGUUUAUCCACCAAAAGGAAGCUUGUUUGAUCCGAAAGAGAACAUAGUGAUUGGUAAUGUAGCUCUGUAUGGAGCUAUCAGCGGUGAAGCAUAUUUCAACGGUAUGGCUGCAGAAAGAUUCUGUGUACGGAACUCCGGAGCUACUGCAGUUGUUGAAGGAGUUGGUGAUCAUGGUUGUGAGUACAUGACAGGUGGCACUGUCGUUGUGCUAGGAAAGACAGGAAGGAAUUUUGCUGCAGGCAUGAGUGGUGGCAUUGCCUAUGUUCUCGAUAUCGAUGGGAAAUUCCAUUCUCGUUGCAACCCUGAGUUGGUGGAUCUCGAUCGAGUCGAGGAAGAAGAGGACAUCAUGACUCUCAGAAUGACAAUACAACAGCAUAAGCGUAACACUAACAGCCAGUUGGCUAAGGAAGUGUUGGCUGAUUUUGACGGUCUCCUGCCUAAGUUCAUCAAGGUCUUCCCGAGAGAUUACAAGCGUGUGCUUGCUAGCAUGAAGAGUCAAUCAGCUGCUACAGAGGUUGCUGAGAAGAUGGCUAAGGAAACUGAGGAUCAAGAUGAGGUGGAGUUGACUCCGAAAGAUGCCUUUAACGAACUCAAAAUGUUAGCAGCUGCAUCAGUGAAUGACAAAUCCAUUCAGGUGGAUGAAACUGCAGAAUCGAAGAGGCCAAGUCGGGUCAAUGAUGCUGUUAAGCAUCGUGGGUUUGUUGCAUAUGAGCGUGAAGGUGUUCAGUACAGGGAUCCUAACGUCCGCAUGAAUGACUGGAAUGAAGUAAUGGAGGAAUCAAAACCUGGUCCUCUUUUAAAUACUCAGUCAGCUCGCUGCAUGGAUUGUGGUACUCCUUUCUGCCAUCAGGAGCACUCGGGAUGCCCACUUGGAAACAAAAUACCCGAGUUCAACGAGUUAGUUUAUCAAAACAGAUGGCGUGAAGCAUUGGAUCGUCUUCUCGAGACAAAUAACUUCCCAGAAUUCACUGGCCGCGUGUGCCCUGCUCCGUGCGAAGGCUCUUGUGUUCUUGGCAUAAUUGAGAAUCCCGUCUCUAUAAAGAAUAUUGAAUGUGCUAUCAUCGACAAGGCUUUUGAAGAAGGGUGGAUGAAGCCAAGGCCUCCUCUCAAAAGAUCUGGGAAGCGAGUUGCGAUAGUCGGAAGUGGACCAGCAGGUUUGGCUGCUGCCGAUCAGCUGAACAGAAUGGGCCAUUCAGUGACUGUCUAUGAGCGUUCUGACCGAAUCGGAGGGCUUAUGAUGUACGGAGUCCCCAACAUGAAGACUGACAAAGUGGAUGUAGUUCAACGACGUGUCAACCUCAUGGCAGAGGAAGGCAUCGACUUUGUAGUCAAUGCCAACGUUGGAGUUGACCCUGAGUAUUCUCUAGAAAGGCUCCGGGAGGGCAAUGAUGCCAUUGUUAUGGCAGUCGGAGCCACCAAGCCAAGGGACCUUCCUGUACCUGGACGGGACCUGCAGGGAGUCCAUUUCGCCAUGGAGUUCCUUCACGCCAACACGAAGAGCUUGCUCGACAGCAACCUGGAGGACGGCAACUACAUAUCCGCGAAGGGGAAGAAAGUGGUGGUCAUCGGCGGAGGUGAUACAGGGACAGACUGCAUUGGGACAUCCAUCCGCCAUGGCUGCAACAGCAUUGUGAAUCUAGAGCUGUUGCCCGAGCCACCGAAGACUCGAGCACCAGGCAACCCUUGGCCUCAGUGGCCUCGUGUCUUCCGGGUGGACUACGGACAUCAAGAAGCUGCUAACAAAUUUGGAAAGGACCCACGGUCUUACCAAGUGCUAACCAAACGGUUCGUGGGAGAUGAGAAUGGGAAGCUCAAGGGGAUUGAGGUGGUCAAGGUCAACUGGGAGAAGGAUGCUAGUGGGAAGUUCCAGUUCAAGGAGGUAGAAGGUUCGUUGGAGAUGAUCGAGGCUGAUCUCAUCCUGCUAGCAAUGGGCUUCCUUGGUCCCGAGGCGAACUUGGCCGAGAAGUUGGGCAUGGAGAGAGAUGCACGAUCAAACUUCAAGGCUGAUUACGGCCGAUUCUCAACAAACGUGGAAGGCGUGUUCGCUGCUGGGGAUUGCCGACGAGGACAGUCCCUCGUCGUAUGGGCUAUAUCCGAGGGAAGACAGACUGCAUCCCAAGUUGACAAGUACCUCAUGCGAGAAGAGGAUGCUGACGCGAUCAGCAAGGAACAGGGUGAUGCGAGAGAGCCAGACUUGACGAAGAAGCAGCGAGAAGACAAGCACAGGGUCAUGACAUAGGGCAACAGAAAGCUCUGAGCUUUCCAUUGCUGACUGAUCGUACAGCGCGACUGCUCGAAGAUAAAUAAUGGGCGGCCGCGAUGAUGACGAUGCAACAAUGUCAGUCAUGUUGUGAAGCUGAAGACGGCUUUGCAAGGUUUAGAUGGAAGAUAGUAGUACAGGAUCGAGGAAUUGUGUUGAUGCUGUUCUUUUGUGGGUUUUGUUUUCCUCUGCCCCAUUGGUAUAGUUUAUAUUAUAGACUCAACAGCCACCUUAGUUUUGAGAGGUGGAUUUGUGUUGGGUUUGUUGAGGAAAGAAUAAUGUGCAGUUUUGUUUGUUUAGGCGCUUUUCCAACUUCAACUGCAAGCAAUAUAUUUGUAAUUUAUAUCGUAAUGGGGAAAUCUAAUACUAUUUGCUUUUGUCAAGUUUUCUCAAACAUAUGAUUCUUGUCAUGGUAGUGAAGAAAACCUGUACUCAAGCUUCUGGUCAAUGUCCUCGGAAGCAAGAGUACUGUCUCCUUUAGCAGUGUUGUUGUAUGUGUACUUAUUCUCUCUUCUUCUUUCUAUUGCCUAGUUUAUAGGCAACAUCAAAGCGAUCUUGGGUUGCUAGAUGCUGUUGGUGUACUCCAGCAUAUAAAUGCUGCUAAUGGAACUACCAAGGAAGGUAACAGAGGAAAUGUACUGCUAAUGGGAGGAUGGGUUUCAUUAGCUUUUGUACAUUAGUUGAAAAACAAAAGCUUCUUACGGUUUAAUUACUUCGACUUAUAAUGCUUCUUCUGGCCGAAACAAAAAUGAGCCGAUUCAUUAAUCAGGUGAUUUGUACAUUCUUCUGUUACAGCAAUUCAAAGCUAUGAAGUCAACUACAUACAGAAGCAAUUGGUAGCAGCGAGUGUUUAUUAUUGCAGGUGCGAAUGUAACAGUAGAGGUGUCCAAACGUAAUUCAUUGGCGACUGGUGACAAACACGCAAUAACCAAAUCGAAAUCGGCCUUUCAACUGCUUCAUUGCAGGCUUCCUGGUCCGUCAAAAGCAGCCACCCAGCUGCAACAUGAGAAGAAGGGGAACAGAUUAUGACAGUAUUUUUGACAGCAGAAAACGAACAUCAGUGUCUGAGAGUGUUUCAUCAGACAAUCACAUUGUCAAAUACAUAGACAAUCAACAGCUGAAAUCGAGAGUCUCUGCAGAACCAAGUCUUCGUGAACGACAUCAAACCACAUAGUUCAUCUAGAUAACUCGAGUUAUUGGAGAAAUGUUCUAAACCCCAUCUCAUUUCGCUUCAUAAGAGAAAGCAUGGCCAACCCAAGAAGGAGCCUUUCUGAGCAGUUCAUAUCAUAAAUGCAUCAUAUAGAGGCUAAAAGAGCUAAUUUAACAAUCAUAAUUACUAGCAUAGACCAUAUAUUGUUCUGUGUGGUUAUCAAGCAAGCCUUAUAAUCAUCAUCACAAGAUUGCAGCAAACCAUAGAGGAGAGCAAAUCAGGGAAGUCUUCUCUUCCUUUCUUACUUACUAUCACAGCCUCGAUUUCCCUUUCGGUGACCGGGCUUCGCCUAGCCUGAAGAGAAGCUUUCCCUCCAACAGCGGCGUCAGAUGUCGAUGACGGGACAUCUGAUCCAGAAGCUUGGGGAGGAAACUGGUACUUAUCUCCUAACCCUGUUGUUAUUUCUCGACCCUCCUGGGAGCUUACAGAUUCCCUCCACAGUUAAAACAAUCAAUCAUUUACUGCCUAAACCCAUUAUUCUACUGUACAAAGGAAGCACCAAAAAAAAAAAAAAGAUUCAAACUUUACAGAUACAACCCAGCUAUGGUCUCAAUCCAGCUAUUCCCUCCCACUUAUCAAUGAAAUUGAAGAUCAUAUGGCGUAGAGAAACUGAGAUACAUGACAGUUACCUGAGGAAGAGUGUCUUUUGGGGAACUUAAUUCGUGGAAUUCUCCUCAGAAGCUGCCCUUCUCCGCCCAUUUCUUUCUUCGUUCCUUUUUCGUUAUCUAUAAACUUUACUCGUUGAA